AUGUGGCCGUUUCAGGUUAUGGCUUCUUUAUCUCCAUCUUCAUCUCGUGAAAAAAUUUCUAUUCCUUUCCAACCACUAUUGGAUCAGAUCACAGAUUGUCUUGACUUCCCUAGGACUACAUAUUCAGUGGAUGAUCCAGUUAAUUGUAAAUCAUGUGUAUAUAUAAGAACUGAGGGUCAGCGUGGCAUUUUCUGGUUUAAUGGAAAAGGUGCAGCUACUAUUGAGGACUCUAAAGAAAGUGCAGCUGAAAGAGCAAUGCACUUUUUAAUUAAAAGAUAUGAUGUGUGUGUAGGUGACUUCACUAUGGACAGAAUGCGAAUGUAUGAUUUGUGUGGAAAGUUAUAUAAGCUAAAACGUAACUCUCUAGAAUCGCGUGGUAGGACAAAGAGUUGUAGUAAGAAGAUUGUAGGUGAUAUUUUACAUGUUGUGAUAGAUUAUGUGGCCUUUCUGCCCAAGAUCAUCAGACACACUGGUGUUCUUAUAACUGGUUUAGAAACUGUAUAUUCAGAAGGGCAGGGUUAUGUAUCUUGGCUUACACUGUAUAAUUUAGAUAUUGUGGAUGCAAAUUAUGGUUCUGCACUUUUUAAAGGAGUUCUAUGUUUUUUAGAAAUGGAAAGUUGUUUAGCAGUGGAGGAGCGAAAGAAUGGGCAUAAAGAUAAUGUACAACUGAUGCCUUUGUUGAUUGAAGAAAACUCAUCAACUUUGCAUGAGCAGAAUCCUGAGACUUUUAUGAUUGUUCCUGGUCCAAGCACUCCUGGUCCUUCGAUUUGCAAAAGACCAUCAUGGACUUCAGUGACUCUAGAGACUGCAUGUACAUCUAGAGCAGAAACUAGCACCCCAUCUGUAGUACCAAAAAGAAUUAGAGAAGAAACUAGCACCCCAUCUGUUGGCAUUGAACUAAUGUCAAGGCGUCUUCAAAGUACAAGUAAACGUCGGCGUGCAAUAGCAGCCAUGUCUUGGUCAAAUGCUGUCAGCUCACAUAACCAAACUGACAUACUUGGCAGGGAACUCGGGGCUCAGCAACUAGUGAAUGAAAUUGAUAUCCCAGCAGCUACAAUUGGAAUGUGUUUACCUACUGGUCCUGCAGAAUUAGCCCCGCCGUAUUAUUGUUCUGAAUGCAAUGCUAAGAAAUUUGAAUAUGAAACCUUGCAUUUUUGUUGUGGUAAUGGAGAAAUUCAAAUAGAUGUUAAUGAAUAUCCCUUGGAGCUAAAAAGACUCUUUACAAGUGAUGAUGAAGAUGCUCUGCACUUUAAAAAAUAUGCUCGGUUGUACAACAAUUUAUUUGCUUUCAGCUCACUGGGUGGUAAUUAUGGUGCUGAUUCUCUUAAGGGGAUUUAUUUGUUCAAGGGACAUGGUCAGAUGUAUCACUUUGUUCCAGAUUUACUUCCGGCUGAUGGGAAGGCUAAGUAUUUACAGUUGUAUUUCUACGAUGGUCAACAUGAAACUGCCAAUCGCACAAAUAGCUUCCCAGAAGUACGAGAGGACAUUGUUUCUAUAUUGAUGAAUGUUACUAAGGAAAAUCCAUAUGCUAGGUUUUUCAGAUCUUUGAGAGAGAUACCUGUUGAAGAGUCCACAACUAUUAUUUUGAAUACAAAUACAGUUCCUGACCAAAGAGUAUACAAUGCUCCAACAGCUGAUGAAGUGGCUGGUAUAUGGCCAGAUAACUCAAACUCUACCAAUAGUAGUAGUCCUCACAUCGUUGUUCAGGGUAAGUCAUCAGAGUCACAUCGAAUUCAACACUACUAUGGUUGCUAUGAUCCAUUACAAUAUCCUCUUUUAUUUCCAAGAGAAGAAUUACUUGCAGAAGAAGAAUCACGUGCUGCAAGACGAAAUACAAAAGCAGAUAAGUAUGUGUCAGCUAGGGAAUACUAUGCUUAUAAAUUUCAAAUAAGGGAUGAUAAUAUGCUGCUCCGGGCUGGGAGAUGUUUACAGCAGUAUAUAGUUGAUAUGUAUGUAAAGGUGGACAAUACAAGACUAGAUUUCUUCUGCACGAAUCAAGAUACAACUAGAGCUGAUUUAUAUCAGGAUGUACUUGAUUCUUUGGAUUGUGGUUUAAAAAUAGCAGCAAAUGUUGGUCGCAGGGUUGUAUUACCUCCUACGUAUAUAGGAGGACCGCGAGAUAUGCAGAAGCGUUAUUUCAAUGCAAUAGCUUUGGUUCAAAGGUUUGGAAAACCUGAUCUGUUUGUAACAAUGACGUGCAAUGCAAACUGGCCUGAGAUCAAAGAUGAAUUAGGACCUAAUAAGAAAGCACAAGACCGACCUGAUUUAGUAGCACGAAUUUUCCAUGCUAAAUUAAUUGCAUUGAAAAAGGAAAUCAAAGAGAAAAAGUGCUUUGGUGAAGUAGCUGCUAUGAUAUUUGUGGUUGAAUUUCAAAAACGAGGACUUCCACAUGCACACUUCCUGAUCAUUUUAAAGCCAGAGUACAAGCUGCGACGUAUUGAAGACUAUGAUAAAUUUGUAUCUGCAGAAUUACCUCCUACUUCAUCUCCAGCACUUCGGAAAAUAUUGUUAAGACAUAUGAUGCAUGGGCCAUGUGGAAGCUUGAAUCCUAAAUGUGCAUGUAUGCGCAAAUCGGGAACUAAAGAAUCUUGCAAAUAUGGUUACCUUAAACAGUUCUGUGAUGAGACCGUUGUAAAUAAAGAAGGCUAUCCUUUUUACAGACACAAAAACACAGGAGAAAGUGUUAGAAUAAGGAACGCCAAGUUGGACAAUCGCUGGUUUAUUCCAUACAAUCCAUAUUUAUCGCUGAUGUUUAAUAGCCAUAUAAAUGUUGAGGUGUGCUCAACUAUAAGAGCAGUUAAAUAUUUGUACAAGUAUGUUUAUAAAGGUCAUGAUCGAAUCCAAUAUAACAUUGUAUCUGAAAACAAUGUGAUUGAUGAAAUUAAACAGUAUCAAUCUGGGAUAUGGGUGUCACCGUGUGAAGCUGCAUGGAGAAUCUUUGGUUUUGAUUUUAUUUGA